ACACACACACUCACUCACUCUCACACACACACACACACACACACACGCUUCUCAUAAAACUUGAAACUAGUUCCAGACGCGAUGGCAAGAACCAAGCAGACCGCUCGUAAAUCCACCGGUGGUAAGGCGCCGAGGAAGCAGCUCGCCACUAAGGCUGCCCGCAAGAGCGCCCCAGCUACCGGCGGUGUGAAGAAACCUCACCGUUAUAGGCCAGGUACCGUGGCUCUGCGUGAAAUCCGCCGUUAUCAGAAGUCCACUGAGCUGCUCAUCCGCAAGCUGCCCUUCCAGCGCCUGGUUAGAGAGAUCGCUCAGGACUUUAAGACCGAUCUGCGCUUCCAGAGUUCUGCCGUCAUGGCUCUGCAGGAGGCCAGUGAGGCUUACCUGGUCGGCCUGUUCGAGGACACCAACCUGUGCGCCAUCCAUGCCAAGAGGGUGACCAUCAUGCCUAAGGACAUCCAGCUGGCCCGCCGUAUUCGCGGAGAGCGUGCUUAA